CUUUGUGAUGACCAGGGACUCAAGCAGUGUUAAAAGCCAUUUGAGGCUGCUGGAGAAGUUCUGAAGGCGACAAUGGCCAGGCUCAGCCUUCUCACUGGUCUGGCCCUCCUGUGGAAUUCUCAGCUGGGCUCUGCCUACCAGCUGGUGUGUUAUUUCACAAACUGGGCCCAGUAUCGGCCAGGCCUGGGGAGUUUCAAGCCUGACAACAUUGAUCCCUGCCUGUGUACUCACCUGAUCUAUGCCUUUGCUGGGAUGUGGAACAAUGAGAUCACCACUGUAGAAUGGAAUGAUGUGACCCUCUACAAAGCUUUCAAUGACCUGAAAAACAGGAACAGCCAACUGAAAACUCUCCUGGCAAUUGGAGGCUGGAACUUUGGAACUGCCCUUUUCACUGCCAUGGUCUCCACGCCUGAGAACCGCCAAACUUUCACUGCCUCGGUCAUCAGAUUCCUGCGCCAGUAUGGUUUUGAUGGGCUGGACCUAGACUGGGAAUACCCUGGCUCUCGUGGAAGUCCUCCUCAGGAUAAGCAGCUCUUCACUGUCCUGGUGCAGGAAAUACGUGAAGCUUUUGAGCAGGAGGCCACUGAGAGCAAGAAGGCCCGGCUAUUGGUCACCGCCGCCGUAGCUUCUGGCAUUUCCACCAUCGAGUCUGGCUAUGAGAUCCCCCAACUGUCCCAGUACCUGGACCUCAUCCAUGUCAUGACAUAUGACUUCCAUGGCUCCUGGGAGGGCUACAGUGGAGAGAAUAGUCCCCUCUACAAAUUCCCAACUGACACUGGCAGUAAUGCCUACCUCAGUGUGGAUUAUGUCAUGAACUACUACUGAAAGACUAACGGGGCCCCAGCUGAGAAACUCAUUGUUGGAUUCCCAGCCUAUGGACACACCUUCAUCCUGAGAGACCCUUCCAAAACUGAAAUUGGUGCCCCUACUUCUGGUGCUGCCCCUGCUGGGCCCUAUACCAGGCAGUCUGGGUUCUGGGCCUACUAUGAGAUUUGCACCUUUCUGAAUAAGGGAGCUACUCAGGCCUGGGACGCCCCCCAGGAAGUGCCGUAUGCUUAUCAGGGCAACGAGUGGAUUGGCUAUGAUAAUGUCAAGAGUUUCAAUAUCAAGGCUCAGUGGCUUAAACAGAAUAACUUUGGAGGUGCCAUGGUUUGGGCCAUUGAUCUGGAUGACUUCACUGGCUCUUUUUGCAACCAAGGCAAGUUCCCGCUGAUCUCUACGCUGAAGAAAGCCCUUGGCCUAACCAGUGAAAAUUGCACUGCCUCUGAUCUGCCCAGUGAGCCAGUAACUUCUCCCCCGAGCUCUGGGAGUGGGAGUGGGGGCUCUGAGAAGAGUGGAUUCUGUGCUGGCAAAGCUGAUGGCCUCUACCCAGUGGAAGAUAACCAAAGAGCCUUCUGGAACUGCCUGAAUGGAAUCACAUACCAGCAGCACUGCGAGACAGAGCUUGUCUUCAACCCCAGCUGCAAUUGCUGUAACUGGCCUUGAUGAUCCUGACCUCUGUCAC